AUGCCACCUCAGUUCUUUUUCAGGACGGGCGGCUACAGAAUAAAGUUGUCGUCAUUGGUCUCGCUCCCUGCCGCUGUUUCAGGCGAUGCCCUUACAAUGAACAAGUACACGGCCGAGGAACUAAAUCGUCUAGUUACGCAGGAAGAUGAACCCUCUAAUUCGCAAUCGCUAGGACACAUGCUCUCUCAUAUCUUUCAGCCUUUCAGCAUACCUCUACCGGAUCUAUCUACGCUCCAGAUCCCACUCAAAAACAUCCUUUAUCACAACGAACGUACCAAAGCAAAAUUCAGCAAAAAUUCACCAGAUGACCUGGUGCCAUUGUACGAUACUGAUGCGCAGCUAUGGAACUGGGACCUUCCAACUCUUGCUCCCACAAACGAAUCUGAAUCAACAACUCACUCUCAACCACCUGAAAGCUUAGAUUCGGAGGGCAAUGCAGGGACCGGCGAAACCGCAAAAGCAACUCACGAAGAAAUUUUCUCAUCAUUCUUCAACGCUUUGGCUAUCUGCUUAGCGAAGGCAGAGCCCAAACUACUAGCCAACCCCACUGCGACGCGCACGUGGACUGCGGCCCACGCACAUAAAGCAUUACCUGGUAGUGAGGUGAAGCGGAAACCCGAUCUCCUCUUGUCAGACGAGAUCACAGCAAAUUGGGGGAAUAUCAGGGUAUCGGCUGAGCUGACGCACAGUUCAUAUCAACCUGCGUUGCGACUCGUGAAAGCUGCUGAUAGUCAUGCAUAUCUCAUGCUGAGCGAGCAGCCUUGGAGGCGCUUUGCGCUUGUACUAUCACUCACCAACGAGUACCGGGAGCUCAGAGUCCUUUUCUACGAUCAUGCCGGUGGUGUCGUGUCCCCUGCCUUCAAUAUCUACCAAAAACCAAGCAUUGUUGCUCACAUUAUUGCUGCCCUUCGUUUCGGCAGCCUCGAGUGCAUAGGCUAUGACUUGACAGUCUCCUUCACAAGACACAUUUCUCCUCCCCAACGCCAUGCCAAUAACUAUCGUCCGAUCAAGAACCUCCCUGCCAAACGGCAACCUGCAGAUCACGUCAUGGCUGCAGCCACGUCUGAGCUCCCUUAUCCACCACCCGGUGAUGUUGAGGGUGCACCAAGCGCUGUCAUCGAGAUGAUAUAUCCCGACUCAGAGCCCGAGUCCGAGCCAGAGCCAGAGCCAGAGCUAGAGCCAGAGCCAGAGCCAGAGUCCGAGUCCGAGUCCGAGUCAGAGCCGCAUGCUGACGAUGGUAUGCACGUUUCUAUGAAGAAUCUGGAGGAUCCCCACCUGGUACAAGCCACUGCCAUCUCCAGCACCCCCCUUCUCAACCUCGCAUCCCAAGCGCCUGAGGAGCCUGACAGUAUCUAUUCUGCUACACCCCAUCCUUCACAAUUCCCGUAUUCAGCUCAGUCACCUGAACCGUGUGGCAAAAUUCGUGUCAGGGACACGAUCUACACAAUCACAAGGAUCCUGUUUGCGAGUCGCGGCCUUGUUAGUCGCGGAACUGUCUGCUACUUGGUCUCUUUGGAUGAUAAGGAAUUCAUCAUCAAAGACCAUUGGGUUCAGGGUAAGGAGGAUCAGGUGAUCUUGAAUGAGAUCGAAAUGUUGAAGCGCAUGUCUGGCGUCCCUGGCGUUCCCGAGUUGGUGGAUUGGUGGGUGGUUGAAAGGUCGAAUGGAGAACCCGAUGUGACCAGCAAAUAUCGAAAACAACCGCAGCGCCUAAGUAUUGCAGGGACCAGUCGCUCACACGUUCGACUUGUCUUGACGCCCUGCGCUCGCCCCCUGCAUAUGUUCCGAACUCUUAAAGAGUUUGUGAAAGCGCUGAGGGACAUUGUCAUCAUUCAACGCACGGCGGUGGAGGAACGCAAGGUUCUACACCGCGACUGCAGCUUAAAUAACGCAAUGAUUGUAGAUCUGUUAGGAGGUGGUAGUAAAGGGUUUCUAAUCGACUGGGAGUUCGCAGUGCGCAUCAACCCAGAUCUGAAGUAUGCCAUCGGUGGUACGGGAACAAUCCCGUUCAUGUCUCGCGGGCUUCUUGCCCAACUCUCAGAUGCACAACAGGCAGCGCUGGGCGGAAAGAAACCGAAAUAUAUCCCGAAAACGUCUUCAAACGCUUUGGCGUUGCCUGUAUCGCAUGUCAUUCAAUGCUUUUCAGACGACCUCGAAUCACUUUUCUUCGUCUUCAUCUGGAUUUGCAUCAAAUUCUGUGGCCCCCAUGGCCAGGUACGCCAGGAUAUGAUAGGAAACUCAAUACCUGAUCGCUGGAACAACAUGGACCUCGAAUCCUGCGCGGCCUUCAAGGGCAAUUUUUUCGCAACUAAGAAGGAGGAACGCCGUCUUGUAGACGAGAUCCAUCCUUACUUCAAAGACUUAAUCCCUCUCGCCAAGGAGUGGCGUAUGGCUUUGAAGGACAACAUGGAGAACCCUGUUUCCUUCAACACCAUCCUUACAUUAUUGAACACUCAUCUUGACCGCCUUCCGGAUGACGAGGAGCUCAUUUCCACUGUCGAGACGCUCAGAAAAUCUGCUGCUAUUCUCGCAGACCGUGUCGAGAAGCGUGCCGCUUCGCAAUCGUUCCCCAUGGAAUUACCCAAGCGUCGGAAGGCUGAUGGUAUUUCGGAGACUGACAACGAGUCAGACGGUUAG